AUGUCGUCAACAAGUGCGUAUCUGGAAGGUCUAAUUGAGGAAUGUGGCGGAUUUUCACGAUUUCAAUGGAUUAUGUUUUCGUUGAUGAUGUAUAAUAAAGUCGCCAUCACCUGGAAUAUGAUGAUAAUGACAUUUGAUGGAGCAAUUCCUGACUGGCAGUGUGGAUUUACAAACUAUUCAAACCCUGGUACGACCCCAUCCAUAGAUAUGAACGACCUAUAUUAUACAGAAGGGCAGUGUUAUCCUCCACAAAAUGUUACCGUUCAGAAUUGCCAGGAGUACAAAUUUUCUGAUAGUAUGAAUACUAUUGUGAGUGAGUGGACGCUGAUAUGCGACAAAGACUGGGUAGCCUCUUCUAUCACGACAAUUCAGAUGGCCACAAUACUGGUCAGUUGUAUAGCCUCUGGCCACCUCGCAGACCUUAUUGGUCGGAAACCGACUUACUUUCUGUCUUUGGCAGUAAUAACUGUUCUAAACAUUGCAGCUGGAUUUUCAACAUCAUGGAAAAUGUUUGCAGUAUUUCGUGUUCUGUUGAUCUUUUGUCUCGGUGCGGCCAUGACUGUUUUCUAUAAUUACCUGAUAGAGUUCAUUCCAGCUAAAAGAAGAUCAGUUGCCAUAGCAUUUCCAGUAUGGUCAAUCUGGACCUGUGCGCUGGCGUUCGUGGCUAUGUGGCUACAUGAUUGGAGGUACUUGCAAUUCUCUACAGCUGUACUUAUCCUACCGUGUGUAUUUAUGUGGUGGGUUCUUCCAGAGAGUUUCCGCUAUCUCGUCAUCCAUGACCGACUAGAUGAAGCAAAGGAAGUCGUCUGCAAAAUAGCGCGAAUCAAUGGUAAACCGGAACCGGAUAUGAGUAAGAUGAGUUACCUUGUGAAAGAAGACUUUAAAGUCGACGCAGAUCGGAAAUACACGAUUUUGGACGUAGCCAAGUCCAAACAGCUAAGGAAGUAUACGUGUCUGCUAAGCAUUGUAUGGAUGUCCUGUGGGUAUGGCUACUAUGCCAUUUCCUUUGGUGUUCAGAGUCUUUCCGGGAGCUUAUACCUCAACAUGUUUCUGUUAAGUGUAGUAGAAAUUCCUGCACAGGCCUCCUCAUACUACCUCACCAAUAGAUUUGGCAGAAAACGGAUGGCAAUUGUUUCGCUAUUGGCGGCUGGAAUUACCGGCUUUAUCGUAGCAGCUCUACAAAUAUCUGAUUUGGAAAUGAAGGACUCCCUGAUCAAUGGCUUUGCCUUAGCUUCGAAAAUGAGUGUUAUUGUUGCCUGGGCGACGCUGUUCAUGUUGUCGACGGAGUCAUACCCUACUGUCGUUAGGAACAUAGGAAUUGGAAUGCUGAACUCUUUUGCAAGAGUUGGUGGUUUGAUAGCACCUCAAUUGGUAUAUGUUAGCAACCAUCUUCCAGGAGCCAUGUACUUCGUUUUUGGUGGAUUGAUGGUCCUUUCAUCAUUUAGUCUGAUUUUUAUGCAAGAAACAAACAAAAAGCCUAUGGAAGAUGGCAUAGCAACAGAGAAGAAAGGGGGAGAAGAAAUGCAGAGUUUACAAAUCGAAACAAGCAUUUGA